CGCCUAAGCAGGGAAGGGGCGGAGCCUGAGUCCCACAAGGCCGCGCGGCGGACCUCGCCUUCCUUUUUCCGUCAUCUUGGCGCCGGUGGAGGCCUGCUGGGAACAGGACUUCUGAAAGGCAAAUAUGUCUGGAAGGCUGUGGUGCAAGGCCACUUUUGCUGGCUACAAGCGAGGUCUUCGGAACCAAAGAGAGCAUACAGCUCUUCUUAAAAUUGAAGGUGUUUAUGCCCGAGAUGAAACUGAAUUCUACUUAGGCAAGAGAUGCGCUUACGUGUAUAAAGCAAAAAAUAACACAGUGACUCCUGGUGGCAAACCAAAUAAAACCAGAGUAAUCUGGGGAAAGGUAACCCGGGCCCAUGGAAACAGUGGCAUGGUUCGCGCUAAAUUCCGAAGCAAUCUUCCUGCAAAGGCCAUUGGACACAGAAUCCGGGUGAUGCUGUACCCCUCACGGAUUUAAAUUAAUGGAACGUAAAUAAAAGUGGAUUUGCGCUCUUUUUUUUCCCCCUA